AUGGGGGCAGAGCUCCUGUCCGAAGGGUGUAUCGGAGCCUUUUGCAGCGAGGACUCGGAGUUGACUUUGCAGGUGACUGGGCCGCAGGCUUAUGCGGAGGAGUGCCUCGGCUUUCUCGACAAGUGCCCGGGGGCGGUAGAUACGGAAGAGCAGGGGAAAUGGCUUGAAGAGGCAGAGACCUCACUCCUGCCGUUGCUGAGCUUCCUGGAAGGCUUCGACGACGGCCAGCUUGCAGAGACGCAGCAGGUAAGGUCCUUGUGCCUCCGUCUCCUGGAUCAGGAGCGAAAAGAUCCCUGGGGCACACCGACAUUUCCAGAUGCGGCGUCCGUUUUUUUGCGAUCAAGAUCCUGCAGCGGAUCGCCCGGCGAGGAGACCCUGAUGUCGUCAGGGUGCUUAAGUUCUGGCUACAGAAGAUCUCAGACAUCGAUUUGGUCACAGAGGAAAGCACAACUUCUGUCAAGACCGUCUUUCACGCCACCAAGGCGGUGCCCGACUUGGUGCAGGUCGGAGACAUGGAGGUGA